AACCGUCCAACAUGCCUGUGCCUCGUUUCACUUCGAGUCUUCUGCGAUCCUCAAGGACGAGACACUUCUCAACCUCCGCAUCGAGAUGUUCUUAUGAAGACACAGUCCAGAAUCUGAAGAUUGGCAAACAUACCAGAGUUUUAUACCAGGGAUUUACCGGAAAGGUCGCAACACAGAACGCCAAGGAGUCUCUCGAGUAUGGCACCAAUAUCGUUGGGGGCGUAAAGCCAGGAGGUAGCGGCGAACAUUUAGGCUUGCCAGUGCUGCCUACUGUGAGAGAGGCCAAGGAGCAGUUAAAGCCGGAUGCCACUGCAAUCUAUGUGGCUGCUCCUCACGCAGGAAAAGCGAUCGAGGAAGCCAUCGAGGCAGAAAUACCCUUGAUCGUCGCGGUGGCCGAACAUAUACCACUCCAUGAUGUUCUACGCACACAGUCGAAAAGUCGACUAGUCGGUGCAAAUGCUCCCGGUAUUAUCUCAGCAAUUGGACAUUGCAGGAUAGGCUUUCAACCGCUACCAACAUUCUCUCCUGGUCAUGUUGGAAUCGUAGCCAAGUCAGGCACUCUGAGCUACGAAACCGUGGCUUCCAUAACUCGUGCUGGGCUUGGCCAGAGUCUGUGCAUCGGCAUGGGAGGUGAUGUGGUAGCAGGCACAAACUUCGUCGAUGCUUUGCGAGUCUUUGAGACGGAUCCUGAUACCGAAGCUAUAGUGCUUGUCGGAGAGGUCGGUGGAAGUGCCGAGCUGGAAGCAGCCGACUGGAUCAAAGACUAUCAUCGCCGCGAAAAGAACCCGAAACCCAUAGCUGCUGUUGUUGGAGGCAGAAUGGCACCUCCUGGUCGAGUGAUGGGACAUGCAGGCGCUUGGGCUGGUGUCGGCGAGGCCACUGCCGAGGAAAAGUUCAAGAUAUUGCAGAAUGCAGGUGCCACUAUGGUUGAUCACCCCGAGAAGUUCGGCAACGUCAUGAAAGGCUUGUUGAAGCAGGCUGGGAAGGAUGUGAGCAAGAUCCAACAAUCUGCAAGUGCCAACCAACGGAGAGGCAUGCACACCAUGAGGCAAGUGCGACCAUCAAUCAGCUUAGGGACUUCCAGGUUCAGCAAAAGUCCACAGCGGAGUUUGCAUCUUCGCAACCAGAAAGCUGCGGACCAUCUCAGCAAAUCAUUGGAAGGCUUCGACAUCUCCGAAGAGACCCCCAACAACGCAGACAGCGUGUACCUGAGCAUCUCAGUCGAUCGAUCUAGCCGCUCACCCUGCAUCAUCGCGUCACCAUCCACAAACCCUCGCAAGCUCCACCAUCGCCUACGCCGCUUCCCAUACUCAUACCUCGAGGGCCCGAACCAGGAGACUGUUCUCGCAGCCAUCCAGCACCUACAGCUCGACGCUGCACCUCCAGCCGCUCACGCACAAACGGCAAAACUCAUCUCCCGCCUCGCAGACUUAUAUCGCGAACAAGAAGCCGUAAGCCUAGCCGUCAACCUCUCAAUUUCCUCUUCUGGCUCUUUGAACCUCUCACAACCCCGACUCUUCUACGACGACGCAGCGUUCAAGUCCAACAAGCGACACCCUGAACUCCACGCCCUCCGCGAUAUAUCCCAAGAACCAGCCGUCGAAGUCGAAGCCGAGAAGUCAGGGAUUGUGUUCGUAAGACUUCACCCCGAUGAUGAUACAGCAAACAUCGGUACUCUGGUCAAUGGAGCAGGAUUGGCCAUGAACACGGUCGAUGCCCUCGCUUUACCACCCCACAACGGCAAAUGUGCCAAUUUCCUCGACACAGGUGGUAAAGCGACAUCAGAGACAGUCAAGACGUCCUUUGAGCUCAUCCUCAAAGACCCCCGCGUCAAAGUCAUUUUUGUGAACAUUUUUGGCGGACUCACUGAUUGUGGUAUGAUUGCUGAUGGAGUGAUUAUGGCGUUUGAAAAGGUGGAUAUGCAGGGCAAGCCUGUUGUUGUGAGGUUGAGAGGUACUAACGAGGAGGUGGGCCAGAAGAAGAUUGCGGAAAGUGGAUUGCCGCUUGAGGCAUUUGAUGGGUUCCAUGAGGCUGCGCAGAGGGUUGUCGAGUUGGCUGCAAAGUCG